AUGAAUCAACCAGCAAAACGAUGUCGUUUUUCUACAAUUACAUCUUCGUCAACAUUGAAUGAAUUCUUACCAUCAAUGCGAACAACAAAUAUGGAACGAGCUACACUUAAAAUUGAAAUCCCCUUUACUGAUCAUGCUCAUUGUAUUGGACGACAAGGAAAUCAAAUUCAAAGUAUCAUGUCAGCAACAGAUACACAUAUUCAUUUUCCAGAUGGGAACCGUGAACCAAAUGGUACUAAAUCGAAUCAGGUAUCAAUAACAGGAACAGUAUCAUCAAUUGAAGAAGCUCGAAAACGUAUAAGAGAAAUUCUACCAAUGUCAUUAAAAUUUCUUAUACCCCCAACAGAAUUAAUUAACAUUAUUAAUGAUGAUUAUCCAUUAUUUAAAAAUGUUCGUACACGUUUUGGUGUUAUUGUUUUACCACGUCCAUAUGCUAAAACUGGUGAUGUUUAUUGUAUUGUUCGUGGACUUAUUAAUCAACCAGGUUUAGCUGAAGCAACUGAAUAUUUAAUUCAAGCAUUUUAUGGUUUUGAAGCACCAUUAAUAAAAGUAACAUGUCAAACAGAAGUUAGUGAACAAUAUCAUGUUUAUUUACAAACUCGUCAACAAUCAAAAGAUAUGUGCAUAGCGGCUAUUGAACAGUAUACACACACAACAAUACAAUUUCCAACAAUGAUUAAUUCAAAUUUAUCACAAGAUAAUACAAAUAAUUAUGGACGUCGAACAUCAGUCAUUAUAUCGGGAUCACCAACACAAGUUUGUCAAGCUCGAAAAUUAUUUGAUCUUUGUUUACCAGUUAUUUUAAAUUUUGAAAUACCCAUUGAUAAAGAACCGACUCGUGCUCAAACUGCUCAUAUUAAAGAUAAACUUAAUGUAACAACAACUGUUCGAACACGUAAAGAUAAAAUUGGCAAAUUAGUUACAGUUCAAUCACAAGAAUAUAAUUGUGAUCAAUUAUUUCGAGCUCGUGCUAUUAUUCUUGGGUUAUCAGAAUCAAAUAAUAAUCAUAUUUUACCAAUUAAUGCAAAUGGAUUAUUCGAUUUGAAUCAAACAUCAACAUUUUUAUCUGAUCUCUCUUUUCCAACUGCAUCGUCAUCAUUAUUUCUUACUUCUCCUUCAGCAGCGACGACAACAACAAAUCAUAUAACUGAUAGUAUAUUAAUUCCCAUAGAGCCUUGUUAUAUACCAUCGACACAACACAUUGAUACUGUACUUGUACCAAUGCAAGUGAUUUGA